AGCCGCCGCGAGCGACCGUGCGGAAAGUAGUGGAAACGCCUCUCCAACCUCCACUCUCGUGCUGCGUCGCCCCUUCGAAACCCUAAUUCCAUCUCCCUCCCAUUUCGCGAGUUUACGCUUAUACUCAUCAUCAAAAUCUCGUCCAUCCAAUCGAUUCACUAACUAGGGUUCUCUCGGAAUCUCAUAAGAUCCUGCUGCGGUAAGGGCUUUUGGGAAUCAAAGAGCCAUUUUUUGAGUUAAAAAGGCUGUUUUUAGGUUGUUACGUAGUGGAGAUCUUCGAAUCGGUUGAGGAAGCUCAUGGCAUUUUCUUGUUUGAGCUUAAGAUCAUGCAAUCAUACUUAUUUAGCUGCUGAUGACUCUGUUGGAAUCAAGUAUACAAAGUGCCUGAGCAAAUAUGUAGUUACUGAGGUUAGAGUACAUGGUCUUCAAAGAAGCCCUUUUGUUCAUUCUAGUUUAGUUUUAAAAGCAAAUAUUUUUUCAGUAAAGAGGACAUGGAAUAUUAGAAUUACUGGUGAGUUGCAGCCUCCGGAAAGAGUCGAUUCUAGUGUAACAGAAAAAACCAUUUUAGUGGAGGAAGGAGAUGCGUCUUUAAAUAAGGAAGCUACCAUUUCAAAGUCAAACUACCAUCCAGAGAUUGAUUAUGGAAAUGGAGGCCCUGAUAGUUCUAAGGGCUCCGGUAGUAAUGGUAAGUUCCCGCCUAGAGGAGGAGGGGGUGGCGGCGGCGGAGAUAAUGGUGAUGAAAAGAAUAAGAAAGAGGGAGAUGAAUUUGGGCCAUUAUUAAAUUUCGAGGAGGUGAUGAAAGAAGUAGAGGCACGUGGGGCCCGCCUUCCAUCCGACAUGUUGGAAGCUGCAAAAACAGUUGGGAUUCCAGAAGUUCUUCUAUACAGAUACUUGGAAAUGCAGGCAUCAGAUUGGCCACUGGGUGUUGCAAUGAGGAACUGUUCACUUCUUCGAAAUCGGAUGCUUGCUGACCCAUCUUUUCUCUUCAAAGUUGGAACAGAGAUAGUUAUCGACUCUUGCUGUGCAACCUUUGCUGAGAUCCAGAAGAGGGGCAAGGAUUUCUGGGCAGAGUUUGAGUUGUAUGCAGCAGAUCUAUUAGUAGGCAUAGUUGUUAAUGUAGCUUUAGUUGGUAUGUUGGCACCUUAUGCACGCUUUGGUCAACCAUCUGCUUCAAAAGGUCUUCUUGGACGUAUCAGACAUGCUUACGGAACUCUGCCGAGCAGUGUUUUUGAAGCGGAAAGGCCAGGAUGCAGAUUUUCAGUUCAACAACGGAUUGGGACAUACUUUUGUAAGGGUGUUUUAUAUGGUUCGGUUGGAUUCAUGUGCGGCCUUAUUGGGCAAGGCAUUGCCAAUUUGAUAAUGACUGCCAAAAGGAGCGUGAAGAAAUCAGAAGAAGAUAUACCUGUUCCACCUCUUGUAAAGAGUGCUGCUCUUUGGGGAGUGUUUCUCGCGGUUUCUUCAAAUACUCGUUACCAGAUCAUUAAUGGACUGGAACGCUUAGUUGAGGCAUCACCAGUAGCCAGGCGUGUUCCAAGCGUUGCAAUGGCUUUCACAGUUGGUGUGCGCUUUGCCAAUAACAUUUACGGAGGAAUGCAAUUCGUCGAUUGGGCUAGGUGGAGUGGUUGUCAGUGACGCAAGACAAAUAGGAGCAUAUGUAUACCAAAACAACAUGAGAUUUUUCGGAGCUGUUCCUCAUAAGAAGCCUAUGAUUGUGCCGUGGGGACCCUACAAAGACGACGCAGAAUCCACACCAACAACCGGAGAAGCAGUGAGGAGCUCUGAGUCCUCGCGACUUUCAUUAGACCAAACCUGCGGCCCGUAGACAUGAAGCCUCCCGUCGAAACGAAGGACCGCAAUGUACUCACCGCUCUCACCCCUCUUGUUGCUGCUCCAAACACGUUCACCGGAUCGCUUAACCGAGAGUUCCCCGUCGUUUUCCAGCUGAAGAUAGCAAUCAUUACCGUCUGUAUUCGUCUGCCACAGAGCCUUCUCCGACCGUUCAUCUCUGAUGACCAGAUUACACUUAGAGAACCCCAGGGAGUAGUUUCUGUAUUUCAGCUUCCUCGGAGGACUGAGCCUCUGUCCAGAGAACAAUACAUACUCUGUUUUUACUUCGGACCUGCUUAGUACCUUCGCGUCCUUCUGGUUAUUACUGCUCCACCGCCUCUGACCGUAGAUGCCGAGCCUGCCGUUGCUAUUGAGCACGAGGGCAUAUUUCCCUUUCUUGGAUUUGCUCGCACUUGACCAUAGAGUGUAGUGGACAUCUCGUCGAACGACCAUUUCUCCAUUUGGCUUUAGGGUGACAUAGCAGUUCUGUCCACCGCCAGCUGUGUUGGUCUGCCAAAUCGGAGUGUCGUAGUUAUCGUAGAGGACUAGAUCACAGUUGGGUUGCAUGGUUAAGCGGUAGUACCCGUUUGUUAGGUUUUGGCCCGCCAUGAGCACUUCGCCAUUGUAGAGAACGUAGUCGGCGGUGGUGUAUGGUGGAAGGAGGAGAAAGAUGGUUGAAAGGGUGAGGAGGGCAAAUGGGAUUUGGAUUGCCAUUGUAGAUGGUCUAUGAGCUGCUAUGAUCUUAGUUAUUUAUAGUCUCUAUUCAUUUAUUAGAUCUACAAUAGGCUUUGCAUGAAAUAUGGUUUUUUGUAAAAACAUGGUAGGGAUGCAUAAAAAUGUGUAGCAUGCGAGUGCAAGUACCUGUAGGAUAAAGUAGAAUUUGAGGACUCAAACUAAGUUGCUGAUCUCUUAGCAUUUGCUAUAAUGGUAUGGUGAUAAUACCAUUUUAACUUUUAAAUUUAGGGAGACGAGUAGUUCACAUUGAGCUUCACAUUUUCCGCUUAUUUUGUGUUUGCAAGAGAUGUAUUGUACCUGGAUAUAUGAUUGGAUCAACCAUUGGAUGCCUUGUAA